UGCAUUGAUGUUUAGGAAGCAGCGCAUCAGAGACUUUGACAGUUGAAAGGUUGAGACCGAGAGAGAGAAGCACGAUGGCUCAGUUUACAUGGAUUAUGAUGGCUUCAUUUCUGAUGCUGCUGGUUCAGUUCAGAGCGGCGGCUGGGAAGUAUUCCUACUCCACUGUCAGAGUUGGAGAUGAACUCACUUUGUCUUGUGAAGUUGUGACAGAUUAUCAGGAGUGUAACAGUACUGAAUGGCUCUUCUGGGACAGAAGAAACACAGUAAAGCUGUCCAAACACGGGCAGAUUAAAAAAGAAGCCAAAGCUAAAUCAGGCAGACUGAGGCUUACAGAGAAAUGUUCUCUGGUUAUAAAGAAAGUCACACUUGAGGAUGCUGGUCGCUACACCUGCAGACAGUUCAGAUCAGGAGAACUAGAUGACGACUCAGUGGUUGAUCUGUUUGUUGUUACCAUGACUGAAGAGAAGAACAAUGAUACGGUCACCUUGAGCUGCUCUGUGUCGUUAUAUUGGUGUGAACACACAGUGACGUGGCUGUAUGAGGGGGAUGAGAAUGACUUGAAGACAACACCGUUUUCCUGUUCAGCCUAUGUGACAUUUACGUCUGACCUACAUCCAAAGUCAAAGUAUUACAAGUUAUUGAAAUGUGAAGUGAGUCAGGUUAACACUGGAGAAGUGCAGCUGUUCCGCUUCAGCCCUGCUCAGUACUCAGGUGAGGAUACAACAACUACUAUGAAUGAAUCACCAAUUACAACAGGAAAUAGUUGGACACCAGAAGAAACAAACAACACAACAUCUGAAAACAACGAUGGAAGAAAACCAGAAGGCUGGUGGAGGAUCAUUGUCGUGCCUCUGGGUUUAACAACCCUCAUAACAAGUGUUGUGUUUGUCAACAUAUGGGCAAAAGUUAAAGGAACAAAACAGACGGAAGAAAAUGAGCAUGAUGAUGAUGAUGAUGAUGAAGAUGAAGAUAUGGGGAUCUAUGAAAAUGUUGCAGAUCUUUCUACUUCCGUCUGACUCCACUGAUCAACAUCAACUUACCACAGAGUCCUCUCUUGUUAAACAUCAUCUCAUCAUAUUUUACAUAAGUAGAUAACAAAACGAUAUGUUGAUAGAUGAUUGAACGUGUUUUAUGUGCCGAACUGUUUCUCUCGGACAGUCGUAGCCACCCCCCCCCUUCAGAAAAUCUUUUCUGUAUAUUGCCAGCCAAUAAAUUGUUUCUCGCCUUGAACAUAGUUACUGCUGUUUGAAAUUCGAUUAGGUCAAGUAAUUUUAAUGCUUUAGACCGUGAACAUAACAAAUUAGUGUGUUCCAAGUAUGCAGGGUUAUGAAUUAUUCUUAUUGCUCUUUUUUGAAGUAUAAUUAACGAUACCAAUGAAUUUUGAUGUGUUUCCCAAAACUUCUACACAGUAAUUUAAAUACGGUAACACCAUUAAACAAUACAACAUGUGAAGUGUUUGAAUUCAAGAAUGUGCUGUGCUUUUCUAUCUUGACACCAUCUAUCUGUAACUGAACUCGACUGAUUGAGAGUCAGGGGAUUUCCACAGAGAGUAAAAGCUAAUGAUACACAUCCCUUCAUCAGCUAACAGAGGAGAUGAAGUCAUUGUUAGGAAGUGACUCCAUCAUUAUUCCAGGAAGUACAGUAGUUGCUAAAUUCUUAUUUAAGACGCAGCGCGACAGAGACUUUGACAUUUGAGAGUUUUAGACCUAGAGAGAGAGACGCACGAUGGUUCUAAUCAGAUGGAUUAUAAUAUCUUCAUUUCUGAUGCUGCUGGUUCAGUAUAAAGCAGUAGCUGGACAGCAGUCCUCCUACACUGUCAGAGUUGGAGAUGAAGUCACUUUGCCUUGUGGAAAUGUGAUAGAUGAUCAGGAGAAGUGUAACAGUACCACCUGGAUCUUCUGGAAAUCAGGAGUAACGCUGUUUGAACACAGACAGAUUCAAAAAGAAGCUGAAUCAGACAGACUGAGGGUUACAGAGAACUGUUCUCUGGUCAUAAAGAAGGUCACACUUGAGGAUGCUGGUGCCUAUGUCUGCAAACAGUUCAGAUCAGGAGAACAAUAUGAAGACUCAGAUGUUUUUCUGUUUGUUGUUACCAUGACUGAAGAGAAGAACGAUGAUACGGUCACCUUGAACUGCUCUGUGUCGAGAUAUCAUGGGUGUUACCACACAGUGAAGUGGCUGUAUGAGGGUA